AUGCGUUUCACCUCCAUCAUCGUCACCGGCGCCUUUGCCGUCCUGGCCGCCGCCCAGUCCACCACCACCACAUCCGCUUCCGCUGCCUCCUCCGCUCAGGCUGUCAUUGAGAAGUGCCUGUCUGGCUGCCCUGCCACCGACGUCAACUGCCAGGCCAAGUGUAUCUCGGUCCCCAACCCCAACGAGGACCAGGUCAACAAGACCACCGCCUGCGUCGCCAAGUGUGAUCAGGGUGACGGAUCUGCGGCAGCCACAGAUCGCUAUGCCCAGUGUACUUCGAAGUGUAUCGCUGAGAACUACUGGAGCAGCGGCUCUUCUCCCGCUGCUACCGCUGGAUCUGGAUCCGGCUCUGGCUCAAGCGGCAGCGCGACUGCUGCCACCGCUACCGGCUCCGCCGCUGCCACUGGCUCUGCCUCUGGCACUGCCACUCGCGCCUCCGGUUCAUCUGCUGCCUCUGGCACCGAGGCUGCCUCCAGCUCAUCUUCCACCGCCAACGCUGCUGCCCCCGCCCUGGUCGGCUCUGCUUCGUUCGGUGUUGUCGGUCUUAUCGGCGCCGCUCUCCUGAUCUAG